AUGGUAAAUGGAUCAGAAGAGAACGUAGCAUUAAGGCAAACAUCCACCCAAUCAUCCAUGUACGACAACGAAUAUGCUGGAAAAGCAGUCGAUGGUGUGCUGGAAACCUAUGCCCACACUAACACGGAGACCGACCCGUGGUGGAGAGUGGAUCUGAUGAAAGUAUACAGAGUCAACAGAGUAGCCAUCACUAACAGAGUGACCCCCUAUUAUUAUACCAGGAUAAACGGGGCAGUGAUUCGCGUCGGGAACUUUCUGGACAUUUACAGCAACACCAUAUGUGCUGUAAUUUCCACUAUUCCAUCUGGAGCCACGGCCAAUUUCUCAUGCGGCGGGAUGGAGGGACGUUACGUGAUUCUCCAUAUUCCUGGAGAUCAGAAGACUCUUACUAUUAGUGAGGUUGAAGUUUAUGGGUAUUUAGCAGGAAAUCUGGCGUUAGAUGGAGCCGCUACACAGUCAUCAACAUCUGGGGACUGGUUUGCUGGAAACGCCAUUGACGGUAAUCGAGGUCUCCAGCAGUUGUACACGGGAUGCUCCUCAACCCUUAAUCAGACUAACCCGUGGUGGAGGCUGGACCUGCGUCAGAUUUACACAGUUAGUAAUGUGGUCUUCACUAACAGAAAUGACUGCUGUGCAGAACAAAUAAACGGAGCGGAGAUUCGCAUCGGGAACUCUUUGGAGAACAACGGCAGCAACAAUCCCAUAUGUGCUGUUAUUCCUGCUAUUCCAGCAGGCGAGUCCUACAACUACUCAUGUGGUGGGAUGGAGGGACGUUAUGUGAAUCUGAUCAUUCCUGGAGACAUGAAGACACUCACUAUCUGUGAGCUGGAGGUUUAUGGAGAAGGUCCCGCUUUAAAAAGAUCAUUUGUAAAAAUGCAGUUUAACUCCAUCAAUGAUUUGACUGACCCUUCAAUGAGAGAAAAUGUUCUGAAACAGUUGGGAUCUGCUCUUGCUGAUAGAGGAUUCACAAAUAUGACACUGAGAUGGACUCAAACUCCUGAACGGGUGAUCCAGGGGAACGAUGCUGAACGUCGUUGUGUUAAAGAAAAUUAACACUCUGGAGAUCAACACUUCCUUCAGUUCACUCAAUUCACAAAGGCAAGGGUGGGUCACUGGGUACCGAAGAAUGUG